AUGUUGAAAGUUAAAAUAGAUCGUAGCAAACCCAUUCUUGUUGAGGCAAUUGAUGAAAACCUAGACAUACAACACGGAUCUUCUGCUUCCAUAUGUUUUCGCAUUGCCGAUUUAGGUUGUUCAAUCGGACCAAAUACAUUCACCUCAGUGAAGAACCUAAUCGAAGCCAUAAAACAAAAACACCAAAUCGAAGGCCAGACCACUCGCAUCCCAGAAUUUCAAGUGUUCUUCAAUGAUCAUGUUGACAAUGAUUUCAAUGCUCUUUUCACCAACUUCCCACCAGAUAGGCCAAACUUCGCAGCCGGAGUUCCAGGUUCUUUUCAUAGCAGACUGUUCCCAAAGGCCUGCCUUAAUUUUGUUGACUCUGCAAAUGCACUACAUUGGCUUUCUCAUGCUUUUAAUAAGGGGAGGAUUUACUACACAAAUGAACAUAAGGAAGUUGGUGAGGCUUAUUCAAAGCGAUAG